AUCCGUGUGGAUGGCACCACCAAGAACACACUGGAGUAUGAGAUUGUGCAGGUGGUGGAUACUGGCCCCAUAUUACGGGAUAUGGCCUUCUCAGUGGAUCAUGAGCACCUCUACAUCAUGUCUGAGAAGCAGCUCACUCGGGUGCCGGUGGAGUCGUGUAGCCAAUACGAGACCUGCAGCGAGUGCUUGGGCUCAGGAGACCCUCACUGUGGAUGGUGUGUUCUUCACAACAUGUGCACGAGGAAGGAGCGGUGCGAGCGCUCCAGCGAGCCGCGCAGAUUCGCCUCGGAGAUGAAGCAGUGCGUCCGCCUCACCGUGCACCCCAACAACAUCUCCGUCUCCCAGUACAACGUGGUGCUGGUCUUGGAGACUUACAACGUCCCUGAGCUGUCAGCAGGAGUGAAUUGCACCUUUGAGGACCUUUCUGAGAUGGAUGGCUUGGUGGUGGGCAGUCAGAUCCAAUGCAUCUCACCAGCUGCCAAGGAGGUGCCCCAGAUCAUCACAGAGAACGGAGACCAUCACAUUGUCCAGCUUCAGCUCAAGUCCAAGGAGACAGGGAUGACCUUUGCCAGCACCAGCUUUGUCUUCUACAACUGCAGCGUCCACAACUCGUGCUUGUCAUGUGUGGAGAGCCCUUACCGGUGUCACUGGUGCAAGUACCGCCACGUGUGCACACACGACCCCAGCUCCUGCUCCUUCCAGGAGGGACGAGUCAAGAUGCCAGAGGAUUGUCCCCAGCUGCUGCAGGCGGAGAAGCUCCUGGUGCCUGUGGAGGUGAUUAAGCCAAUCACACUUAAGGCCAAGAACCUGCCCCAGCCACAGUCAGGCCAGAGAGGCUACGAGUGCAUCUUGAACAUCCAGGGCAACGAGCAGAGGGUGCCUGCCUUGAGGUUCAACAGCUCCAGCGUGCAGUGCCAGAACACUUCGUAUUCCUACGAAGGGAUGGAGAUUAACAGCCUGCCAGUGGAGCUGACAGUCGUGUGGAACGGGAAUUUCAACAUUGACAACCCAGCACAGAACAAAGUUCACCUGUACAAGUGUGGGGCCAUGAGGGACAGCUGUGGACUCUGCCUGAAGGCUGACCCAGACUUCGAGUGUGGCUGGUGCCAGGGGCAGAACCAGUGCACGCUGAAGCAGCACUGCCCAGCCCAGGACAGCCAGUGGCUCGAGCUGUCCAGCACCAAGGGCAAAUGCACCAACCCCAAGAUCACAGAUAUCAACCCAGUGACAGGCCCUCGAGAAGGAGGGACCAGAGUUACCAUCCGUGGGGAGAACCUGGGGCUGGAGUUCAGGGACAUCGCGUCCCACGUCAAAGUGGCUGGAGUGGAGUGCAAACCUCUGGUGGAAGGGUACAUCCCAGCAGAGCAGAUAGUGUGUGAGAUGGGAGAGGCCAAGCCCAGCCAGCACGCUGGAUUCGUGGAGAUCUGUGUGGCUGAGUGCAAACCAGAGUUCAUGGCCAGGUCUUCACAGCUCUACUACUUCAUGACUCUGACACUGUCUGACCUGAAGCCGAAGAGGGGCCCAGUGUCUGGUGGCACCCAGGUGACAAUCACAGGCAACAACCUCAACGCUGGCAGCAAUGUCAUCGUGACCUUUGGGCGCCAACCUUGUCUCUUCUACAGGAGAUCCACCAAGCACAUUGUGUGUAACACCACUGCCUCCUAUGAAGGCUUUGAGAAGGUCAAGGUGUCUGUGAGAGUGGACAAGGCCAAGAUACACCAGGAGUUGCACUAUGAAUAUGUAGAGGAUCCAACCAUCCUGAGGAUUGAGCCUGAGUGGAGCAUUUUCAGUGGCAACACACCCAUUGCAGUGUGGGGAACUCACCUGGACCUCAUCCAGAACCCUCAGAUCCGGGCGAAGCAUGGUGGGAAGGAGCAUGUCAACAACUGUGAGGUGCAGAACAGCACAGAGAUGACCUGCCAGGCUCCAGCACUGGCUGUUGACCCCAAUCACCAGUCUGAGCUCGCUGAGCGUCCUGAGGAGUUUGGCUUCAUUCUUGACAACGUGCAGUCCCUGCUGAUCCUCAACAAAACCAACUUCACCUACUACCCCAACCCUAUCUUCGAGGUUUUCAAUCCCUCAGGGAUCCUGGAGCUGAAGCCAGGAAGUCCCAUCAUACUGAAGGGCAAGAACCUGAUCCCACCAGUGGCAGGAGGGAAUGCCAAGCUGAACUACACUGUUCUGGUUGGUGAGAAACCCUGUGCUGUGACUGUAUCAGAUGUGCAGCUGCUGUGUGAGUCCCCAAACCUCACUGGAAGGCACAAGGUGAUG